AUGGCACCAUCGGCAAUAACUGUAGACAGUCAGAUUGGCGCCUCUAAGGCAUCGGUCGGCAGGGUAGGAGAAUGGUAUCUUCCAGAGGUGACACCCUCAACUGUUCCGAAGCCAUCUGGAAAAUUUCAUGGGAAUUCUCAAAUCGACCCAGACCUCCUUCUGGGACACAAAGAGUCCCUGAAGUACGGCCACGCUCUUGACCAUUAUAGACAAUUCGAUGUAACGCCUAAUACGGGGCGUGAAUUCCCAGAAGCAAACCUAGCAGAUUGGCUCCGAGCCCCGAACUCUGACCAGCUUAUCCGCGACCUGGCCAUCACCAUUUCCCAACGAGGCGUGGUCUUUUUCAGAGCCCAGAAUGAUCUGACCAUCGAGCUCCAGAAGGAGCUCGCCCAGCGCCUAGGCCAGCUUUCGGGGAAGCCGUCAACUUCAGGCCUGCACAUUUUUCCGUUUGUCUACGGCGACGAGAAGCGUGAUAAGGAGGUCACAGUGAUCACGCACGAAGACAAACCCAUUGACAAAGGCAAAGUGCACGCACGGCUGCAGGAUCCCAACACCACUCCCCCGCAUAAGAUGUGGCACUCAGACACCACGUUUGAGCAUGUGCCGGCGGACUAUGCAGUCCUUCGCAUGUCAAAGCUGCCUCGGACGGGUGGUGACACCAUCUGGGUCAGCGGAUAUGAGGUUUAUGAUCGCCUCAGCGAGCCCUUCAAGAAGUUCUUUGGCAACUUGACAUUUACGGGUGGACAGCCGGCAUAUCACGCCAAGGCGGCAGCUAAUGGAACGCCGUAUUACACAGAGCAGCGUGGCGCGCCAGAGAAUGUGGGCAAGCAUAUCCGCGCCAUCCACCCCGUUGUUCGCACAAACCCAGUGUCGGGCUGGAACAGCAUCUACGCGCUUGGUCACCACGUCGAGCACAUCAACAAUGUCACGCCGGGCGAAUCAACCAGGCUACUUGACUGGUUGCACGACAUUGUGGUGCUGAACCACGAUGUCCAUGUGCGCCAUCGCUGGAUUAAUGACAACGAUGUAGCGCUGUGGGACAAUCGUUCCAUGGUGCACACGGCGACGCCGGACUACCUGGGUAGUCUUCCCUACGUUUGUAAUCCGAGCGUCCCAACUGCCGUACAAUACAGCCAGUUCGUUCUCGCUUAA